CCAACCAGGAUUGAUCGUUGUUGUAUCUGAAAAUUGGGUGACAUGGUGAGCAGCGGCGGAGCAGCGAGCGACGGCGGAGUAACUGGAUCAAAAGGAAGCAGUCAGAACUUGAAGAAGGGGCCAUGGACGGCGGCGGAGGAUGCAAUCUUGAUGGAGUACGUGAAGAAGCAUGGUGAAGGUAACUGGAAUUCUGUGCAGAAGAAUACCAGGUUAAUGAGAUGUGGGAAGAGUUGUAGGCUUCGAUGGGCUAACCAUUUGAGGCCUAAUCUAAAGAAAGGUUCUUUUACUCCUGAAGAGGAGAGGAUCAUCAUCGAACUUCAUUUAAAUAUAGUAGCGUAUUCUGGCAAAAAUUGCUGAUUGUAGUAGAAAUUUACUUUUUUGAAACUGCAGGGGUGUUAAGAGCUUA